CAACAAAAGGAAACAAUGUCCAGAAUCCUGGAUGCUGUUACUUCUUCUGGUCUUCUUAUCAAGGAUAAGAUGGUGACACCCCCUCCCUCAGGGGAAAUCAGAAUUCUGCUGCUGGGGAUAAAGGACGACAAAACAACAAAACUUGGAGACUUUAUCACCGGAAAAGAACAACACAGCUCAGGCUUCAUAUCAAUGCCUUUUGCAGCCAAACAAGUGGUGGAGAGUGGAGAAUGGAGAGGAAAGCCUCUAACAGUUGUGAAAACUCCAGAUGUUUUCAGUGUUUCUGUGAAAAGGCUGAGAGAAGAGAUGAAGAAGGCUGUGAGUCUCUGUCCUCCUGGACCAAAUGUUGUGCUGCUGUUAGUGAAACCUUCUGAUUUCACUGAAGAGAACAGACAAACACUGAAGUUCAUCCUGAGUUUCUUCAAUCAAGAUGCUUUCAAACACUCAGUGGUCAUCAGCACACAUAAGGAGGAUAAAACAGAUGUCUCUUUUAGAAGUGUCAUUAAAGACUGUGGAGAACGACACUGCAGUAUGGCUGACAACAACCGUGAUGUAUUAAUGCAAAAGAUUAAGAAAACUGUUCAUGAAAACAAAGGAACCUUUCUCACUGUCAUUGAGGAUUCAGUCGCCCCAAAGUCUGAUCUUAUGAAAACAGCUUUGAGCCUGGUUCUGUGUGGAAGGAGAGGAGCAGGGAAGACUUCAGCAGCUGAGGCCAUUUUAGGUCAGACAGAUCUUCAAUCAGUCUCCAGCUCAUCAGAGUGUGUUAAACAUCAGGGUGAGGUGUGUGGACGUCGGGUUUCCCUGGUGGAGCUUCCUGCCCUGUAUGGAAAACCUCAGGAGGAGGUGAUGAAGGAAUCAUUCAGGUGUGUCUCUCUCAGUGAUCCUGAGGGCGUCCAUGCCUUCAUCCUGGUUCUACCUGUGGGUCCACUCACUGAUGAAGACAAAGGAGAGUUGGAGACCGUCAAGAACACAUUUGGGAGUCGAUUCAAUGACAUCACUGUGUUGCUGUUCACUGUUGAGUCAGAUCCCUCAGAUCCAACUGUUGUUAACUUUCUAAAUGAAACCAAAUCCAUCCAGGAGCUUCUUCAGAGCUGUGGAGGAAGAUCUUUGGUUCUAAACAUCAGGGACAAGCAGCAGAUCCCAGAGCUGCUGGACAUGGUGGAAAAGAUGCACGAAGAUAAAUCCAAAUCAUUCAUCUUCACAACACAAACAUUUGCACAUGCCCAAAUAGAAAAGAUCGUAACUCUACAGGCUGAGCUGAAGAACCUGAAAACAAAAGACCCAAUCAUCUGUGAUGAUAAGCUGAGUGAAGAGAGUCUCAGGAUUGUGCUGAUAGGGAAGACUGGCAAUGGGAAGAGUUCUUCAGGAAACACCAUUCUAGGAGGAAAGACAUUUGAAGCCAAAUCAUCCCAAACAUCAAUCACAAAACGUUGUCAGAAAGCACAAAGUGAUGUGAACGGUCGUCCGGUCACUGUGGUCGACACUCCUGGUCUGUUUGACACAACUUUGUCUCAAGAAGAGGUUCAAGAAGAGAUGACUAAAUGCAUCAGUCUUCUGGCUCCAGGACCACAUGUCUUCCUGUUGGUGUUACAAAUCGGCAGAUUUACACCAGAGGAGAAGGAGACAUUACAACCCAUCAAGGAAGGCUUUGGGAAGAAUGCUGAAAAGUUCACCAUCGUUCUUCUAACUAGAGGAGAUUCAUUAAAGCAUGAUAACACGUCCAUUGAAGAAUACUUUGAAGAGGACUUUGAUGAUUCCUUUAAGAAACUGCUUGCUGACUGUGGAGGAAGAUACCAUGUGUUUGAUAACUACGAGGAACAAAACAGAACUCAAGUCAGUGAGCUGAUAACCAAGAUUGAAGAAAUGGUGAGAACUAAUGGAGGCAGCUGCUACACCAAUGAGAUGCUGCAAGAAGCUGAAGCCGCUAUAAAGAAAGAAAUGGAGAGACUCUUGAAGGAGAAAGAAGAAGAGAUGAAGAGAGAGAGGGAGGAGCUUCAAAAGAAACACGAGGAAGAAAUGAAAGAAAAGGAAAGAAGAAUGGAAGAACAGAGGAUAGAAAUUGAAAAGGAGCGACAACUGAGAGAAAAACAACUCCAAGAAAAGCAGGAGAGGAUCAACAAGGAGUGUGAGGAGAGAAAGAAAGAACAGCAAAGAGAGAAGAAGAAAACAGGAAAAGAGAGCAAGAGGAAGAAAUUAAGAAACAGGAAUGGAAACAGAAACUCUCAGCUUUGGAGAAACAGAUAAAAUCAGAAUCAGAAUCAAAGGAAACCACAGACAAAAAGCUGGAGGAGACUAGAGAAGAGAUGAGAAAGCAACAAGAGACUUGGGAGAAA